AUGGCCAGCAACUUAAACGUUUUGAAGAAUUUGACAACUGAAUCUCAAUUCGAGUUGCAGACGCAGGAGUGCUUCCUGCUCUGGCAAGCAGUCGUACCCUCUGAUUGGUGCGGGGCCAAGUUCGAUGGGGCCCUCUGUUGGGGGCCAACCGCCCCCGGGCACUUGGCCACCCAGGCCUGCAAGGAGGUCAUCAACGACGUCUACUACGACACUUCCAAAAACGCAACCAAGUUCUGCGAUUCGAACGGCGAUUGGAACCUGACCAACUAUGGAAACUGCCUGGAGAGGGACUUUAUGGCGCUCGACGCGGCAAUGACGGAGAUGUCCACAGUGAUAUACUCCGUUGGCUACACCCUGUCCUUGAUUACCUUAUCUCUGGCUCUCUUCAUAUUUAUAUAUUGCAAAGAGAUGCGGUGCCUUAGGAACACGAUUCACACAAACUUGAUGUUCACUUACGUCCUGGCAGACUUCAUGUGGAUCCUGUCGCUAACUGUAUGUUUUCUUAAUUCAAUUAAUUAUUUAUUGUUAUUGGUUCUAUUCACUCUUCUACAUUAUUUCCUUUUGACCAACUUUUUCUGGAUGUUUGUGGAAGGAUUGUACCUAUAUAUGCUGGUUGUGGAGACUUUCACCAGAGAAAAUAUUGGACUACGUGCUUACCUAGCUAUAGGGUGGGGAUCUCCUAUACCCGUCAUAAUAGUGUGGAUAAUCGCCAGGACGACCGUCCAAGACCCUAACGCUUCCGUCAUUGGAGUUCCGGAAACGAUGAACCAGUGCACGAUGAUGUACACCAGCAUGACAGAUUGGAUCUACAUCAUCCCAGUUCUUGUAGUCCUAGUGGUCAACUUGCUCUUUCUCUGCAUGAUCAUGUGGGUGCUGAUAACCAAGCUGAGGUCAGCCAACAACGCAGAGACCGAGCAGUACAGAAAGGGUUCCAAGGCUCUCCUUGUCCUCAUACCUCUUCUGGGUAUCACUUACAUACUCUUGAUUGCUGGCCCUAAUACCGAGGUCUACCACCUCAUCAGGGCUGUGCUUCUGUCCACUCAGGGUCUGACAGUAGGAUUGUUGUACUGCUUCCUCAACACUGAAGUACAAAAUACUAUCCGCCACCGUUGGCAAAGGUGGAGGGAAGAAAGAUCAUUACCUCACAGGACGUACACCAAGGAUUCCUCACCCAAUACCAGGACUGAGAGUAUCAGGUUAUACAGUAAGCAUGAGAUCGUUCCCUACAGGAAACGCGAGUCUACGGGCAGUGAAACUACAACCAUGACUGUAGUUCAAGCUAAUGCCAAAAUGUCCAAUGGACCCAAAUCACCAUUCUUGCAGCCUCCAUCAGAGCCAGUUUGA